AUGGCUGUCUCUGAUUUGAUAGUGUCGUUUGGAAUAUUCCUGGAAAUCUAUUUGGUUGUAACUGAUACGUAUACAUUCGGAAACAUUGCUUGCAAAGUUCAUACUUUUUUUGUUUUACUGUUGUGGAAUAACAGUAUUUUGGUGAUGACGAUACUAGCGAUAGAGAGAUACAUGGCUGUAAUGCAUCCCCUAUCAUCGAAGCCUGUUCCGUCUCUAAGGAGAGUUAUGAAAGUGAUAAUAUGUACAUGGAUAAUUGCUAUAGUUGUGACGCUACCCGAACUAUUAGCGACGGAAUUAAUAACAACAGAAAAAUUUUCAUUUUGCUUCACAGUUCCAAGCCCUAUAGCUAGAAUUAUCAACGGUGUUUUGGCUGUGGUGACUUACAUAAUUCCUCUUACAAUAAUGUUAUUCGUUUACAUUAUGAUUGCGUUCAAAGUGAAUAUUAGUGAGAAAGUAAACUCAAAAAAGAAGAUAUUUAAUCACAAGGACAAUAGGAAAAAAGUCAACAAACUCAUUGGUAAAUAG